AAAAUGGCAUCCCCUUUAAUUCAAAAUUUUGGAGUUAGGCAAAAGAUAGAAAAAAUAACUAAUAAUAAUAAUGAUGAAGAAGAAGAAGAAGCACCGCCAUAUAAACGUAUUGAAAUAAAUAUUGAAAAUGAAGAAAUAAAAGAGGAAAUGAAAAGAAAGUUGGAAAUUAGUAAUGCUUUAAGGAUCCAAGCUGAAUUACUAGAAGAAACUUUAAUUAAAAGACUGGAAGAAUUAAAAAGAAUAUGCAUUGAAGAAGCUGAAUUAACAGGUCAAUUGCCAAAAGAAAUUUACAAAACUCUUUUACCUGGAGAGCCUGAACCAAUUAUUAAAAGAAGAGUUGGAACAGCAUUUAAAUUUCCACAAAAACUUUUAAAUGAUAAUAAUCAAAUAGAUGAAUUGGGAAGGUUGGAAACAGAAAUAGUUUUAAAUAAACGUAUUGUUGCUGCAGCAGAAAGAUUGGCAACCGAUUGGAGUGCAAAUAAGGGUUUAAGAAAAAAACGCCGUCGUGACCUUCAAAUGGCAACAAUAAAACUUCGGACAUUGGAAAAGGAUUUAAAUAGAAGAAUUUGCCUUUCAAAUUCAAAACCAGAUGUGUCUACUCCCCCUCAGGAAGAAAUUCAAGGAAUGCGCCGACAAAGUAAAAAUGCGGGAAGUGGAUUUUCUUUAAAUAGUUUAAAGAAUUGGCCUAAUUUUUAUAAUACAAUUAAAUGGGGCAAUCAUUCAACUAAAUCAUGUCCUUCAACUCCCCAUGGCUCUGUACUUGAUUUGGCAGAAGUUGCUACAAAUAUUUCUCCACAAAAGAAAAAUAGAAAAGACUCGAAAAAAUCUAGAAAAACUCCAACAAACGCAAAAAAUCUGCAUAAUUUAAUAAAAAAAGAAGAACAACAAAAAUUAUUAAAUUUUCAACAAAUCCCUAAACAACAAAAUCAAAAAAUUAAAAAUUGUUGCUCUUCCCCAACUACUAAAUUGCCUCUCUCAUUUUCCACUUCCGCUUCUUCAUCCUCAACUUCUUCAUAUUCUUCCUCCCUUUCAUUAAAUGGACCAACCCCUUCAAUUAAAGGUCAAAAGAUUAAUGGAGGAACUGUCUCCGCGACAAUUAGUUCAAGUAGCGGGAUUUCUGCAAGUAUGAGUGCCUCUUUAGCAUCAGCUUCUUCUACUAAUUUAAUAACUCCCCCACCUAUUCCAUGUAGACGAUCAUCUGCUGGGAGUAACAAUAAAAAUAAUAAAAGUUCUCCUCCUACUCUAAAAGAAACAUCCAAUUUUUAUAUCAAAACAGAAAUGAAAGAAGAAAUAACAACAAAUAAUUCAACACAUUUAUAUGCAAAUAUUGGCUAUACAUCUUCUGCUCCAUACAAAAGUGCCUAUAGACAAUCUAAUUUCCCGACAUUACAAAAUACUCAAAAAAGUUUGUCACCAACUAAUAAUUGUUGUUCUAAUAGUAAUUGUUACUCUGUGCCAUCUACAAGCAUUUUAAAUAAUGUAAGGAAAAAGGGAAAAUAA